AUGUCCGAAAUGAAGAGCGCACCCUCCGGUGCUUCUAAGAUCUCCGAGGGCGAAGCGGACCUUUACCUCGACCAGUACAACUUCACGACAACAGCGGCGAUCGUAGGAUCUGUGGAUCGCAAAAUAUUUGUGCUUCUGAGGGACGGCCGCAUGCUUUUCGGCAUCCUGAGGACGUUCGACCAAUACGCGAACCUAAUCCUGCAGCACUGCGUCGAGAGAAUAUACAUAACAGAGGAGAACAAGUAUGCGGAGUGUGGCCGCGGUGUGUUCAUGGUGCGUGGUGAGAACGUAGUAAUGUUGGGCGAGGUAGAUAUAGACCGGGAGGACCAGCCGCUAAGCCAGAUGGAGCGCAUCUCGUUCGAGGAGGCGUCUGCGGUCAAGAAGCAGCGCGACGACGCCCGCUGCGAGUUGGAAAGCAAAAAGGGCAAGACCAUGGCUCAGCAUGGCUUAAUUUACGAGUUUCAUAAGUCGGACAUAUACUAG